GCUGCUUCCUUCAAUCUCUGCAGCUGGACGCCUCUACUGUCCUUCCCAUUACCCAUAGGAGAAACUAGCAUCAGAGGGAUCCGGCCUGAGGAACAUGACUGGCACACAAGUGUGAAGCUGACAAGUUAUCUUCUAUCGCUUCAGCUCAGGGUUUGAAUAUCUGGUGCUUACUUACCCCCCAUGGUCAAAAUGAAGGAACAUCGGGUCUUGCCACUAUUGGCUUUUUUGUGCCUUGUGUUCUCAGCGAUCCACCGGAUGGAUGCACAACAGCUAGACGACUCAGCUGAUUUGGUUUUCCUCAUUGAUGGCUCAAACAAUGUUGGACGCACGGGAUUCAACAGCAUUCGUGACUUUUUGGUGAAUUAUGUGGAAAAGCGGUUGGAGGUUGGAAGGAGCCGGAUGCAAGUGGGAGUGGUGCAGUUUAGUGAUGAUGUCAAAAUAGAGUUCACUUUGGAUGAGCAUACUACCAAAAGCAACCUUAUUAACGCCAUGAAGAACCUGAAGUUUUCUGGUGGAGAAGAGGCAAAUAUGGGGGCUGCUGUUGAAUAUGUGGUGGAACAGUUGUUUAGCGCAGCUGGUGGCAGCCGAAGGGAUCAAGGAGUUCCACAGUCACUGGUGGUGAUCACUGGUAGUCCAUCAAGUGAUGAUUUAAGAGAAGCCGCCAAUGCUUUGAAACUUAACAGUGUCAUCACAUUUGGCAUUGGCGUCGCAAGGGCAGACAACAGCGACUUGCAACAGAUUGCAACUGAUGGCAGCUUUGUAUUUACUACACCUCAGUUCCAGGCUAUAAGUCAACUGGAGGAUCAAAUUGUUCCAUACAUUGCUGGGGUAGCUCAAAGGACCAUAGUCUUGCAGCCCCCAACUAUUAUAACAGAAGUUACGGAAGUCAACAAGAGAGAUAUAGUGUUCCUGAUGGAUGGUUCCAGUGAUUUAGGAGGGCCAGGCUUUUCUGCAAUCCGUGAAUUCAUUGUAAAGAUAGUUAACAGGCUGGAAGUUGGUCUUGAUCUUAUUAGAGUGGGAUUGGCCCAGUACGGCAGAGAUGUGAAGCCUGAAUUCUACCUGAACACUUUUGAUGCUAAGAAAGAUGUAGUUGCACAUUUGAAAAAAAUGAGGCUUGUGAAUACCACCCCACUAAAUACCGGUGCUGCUUUGAGCAAUGUCCAGAGAAAUUUCUUUACUGCAUCUGCUGGAAGCCGUGUGGAUGAAGGAAUCCCACAGCUCCUGGUUGUCAUAACUGGUGGGAAAUCAAGUGAUGACAUUAGAGAUGCGUCAAUAAACCUUAAAAGAGCAGGAAUACUGACAUUCUCAAUAGGGGCUAAGAAAGCAGAAGAAGCCGAACUCCAACAGAUUGCCUUUGACUCUACUUUGGUUUUUCAGCCAGCUGAAUUCAAGCCAGUUCCUUUACAAUCCAUAUUACCCCAGGUGCUUGCCCCUUUAAGAACCCUCACAGGAGUUGUCACUGAGGGACCAACUGAAGUACUUAACCAAAGAGAUAUCGUCUUCCUGUUGGAUGGUUCUGUCAACGUUGGAAGUUCCAACUUUCCAUUAGUAAGAGACUUUCUCAUCAAUGUAAUUAACAACCUUGGUAUCAGCAGUGAAGGCACUCGAGUUGGCCUGGCCCAGUUUAGUGACACCCCAAGAACUGAGUUCUAUUUAAACACACUGACCUCAAAGCCUGAACUCAUUGAGCGUUUGGGUCAGUUAAGAGUCAAAGGGGGUAAUGUCCUGAACAUUGGCUCCGCACUUCAAUUUGUUAUCCGCAACCAUUUCACCAGAAGUGCGGGCAGCAGAAUAGAGGACAAUAUACCACAGCUUCUCGUGGUUCUGGUGGCUGGAAAGUCCUCAGACAGCAUACAGCCUGCUGCUACUGAACUCAUCAGAUCGGGGGUACUGACCUUUUGUGUCGGGGUUGAAAAUGCUGACAAGGAAGAGUUGGGAAGAAUUGCAUUUAACCCAAGCCUGGUUUAUGAGGUUGAUGAUUUCCGUUCCUUGCCUGGCUUCAGCCAGCAGCUACUAACACCCAUUACCAGCUUCGUUAGAGGAGAAGUUACAGAAGUGACAGUGACUACAGCGGAAGAAGAUGUCAAGAAGGACAUAGUGUUCUUGAUUGAUGGUUCAGAUGAUGCCAUAUCUGGUUUCUCAUCUCUCAAGAGCUUUGUACAGAGGGUGGUAGAAUACCUUAACGUUGGUCAAGACAAAGUACGCAUUGCAGUUGUCCAGUACAGUAAUUCUGCUAGGCCUAUCUUCCUUCUCAACGCCUACUCAAAUGAGCAAGAUGUGAUAAGAGCUAUUCAAAGUAUGUCUCCGAUAGGGGGAUCCCAAUUGAACACAGGGGCAGCCCUAGAUUAUGUGACUAGCAGUGUUUUUACUCAGUCGGCUGGAAGUCGAGCAGAAGAAGGAGUGCCACAAUUCCUGAUCCUGCUGACAACUGGAAAGUCUAGAGAUGAUGUGAGAAGGCCUGCCACUUUUCUCAAGGCCUCUGGUGUAGCGCCAUAUGCCAUUGGUGCUGGUUCAGCGGAUCGGACAGAACUUUUAUCUAUCGCUUUUACUCCUGACUUUCUUCUGUAUUUCCCUGAUGUAUAUCAGCUGGAGAAUGCUCACCAGACAUUUUCCCAAAGUAUCAGCAGAAUUACCAUCAGUGAUAUAAGAACUAUAGCACAGACAGUGGCAACUGAAACAGAAAGCAAAAAAGACAUCUUAUUCCUGAUUGAUGGUUCGACCAAUGUUGCUGGGAAGUUUCCUCUUGUUCGAAACUUUGUGUUAAACAUCAUUGAAAAUCUCAACAUUAGCCCAGAUGGCACUCGUGUCUCUUUGGGUUUAGUCGGUGAAAAUGUGAAAGUGGAAUUUAAGUUUGACUCCUUUCAAACGAAAGGCGAGGUAGUCAGUGCAGUACGAAAGCUGAGAUUCAUACCAAGCAAGGAGCUCAACCUUGGAGUAGCUCUGGAUUAUGCGCAUGACAAUCUUUUCACACCCGAGUCUGGAAGUAGGAUUCGAGAGAGGGUACCACAAUACCUACUCUUGCUGGCCGCAGGCAAAUCUGGAGACAGCGUAGAUCAGGCAGCAAAUACAUUAAAGAGAGCUGGUGUGGUGACAUUUGCAAUCAAGGCACAAAGGGCUGAAUCUGAGGAACUUGAGAAGAUUGUUUUGGCACCGCAGUUUAUUUUGUCCUCAGAAUCCCUGGGAGAUCUCUCCACAAUACAGUCACAAUUUAUAAAUCUCAUUAAAACCAUCUCAGUGGAUGUGCCAACAGAAACUUAUGAUAUCAACAAAAGGAAGGAUAUUGUGUUCUUGAUUGAUGGAUCUAAUGAUGGCAGAUCCAGCUUUCCCUCCCUUCGUUCAUUUAUUCAAAGAGUGGUUGAAAGCCUUGAUGUGGGUCAAGAUAGAAUUCGUGUCGGAGUUGUUCAGUAUAGUGACACCACACGACCCAGUUUUCUGCUGAACGCUUAUCCAGAUCGCGAAGGAGUUCUAGGAGCUGUCCGACAAUUAAAUCCUAUUGGAGGAUCCCCACUGAACACAGGGGCAGCUUUGGACUAUGUCACAACAAAUGUGUUUACUAGAUCAGCAGGCAGCCGAUCAGCUGAGGGAGUGCCCCAAUUCUUGGUUCUGUUAACCACUGGCCGGUCAAGAGAUGAUGUCAGGGUGCCAGCCGCAGAACUAACAAGAUAUGGUGUUAUUCCAUUUGCCAUUGGAGUCCGCAAUGCUGAUGCAGAUGAACUGAGAACCAUCUCCUUCAUUCCUGACUUUUCAAUUUUUGUUCCUGAUGUCAGCGAGCUGGGCACUGUUUACCAGACUUUCACAACAAGAGUCUCUGAACUUCAAGCAGAUGAUAUAGAAAUUCUAAGACAGUCUCGUCCUACAGUAACUUACCAAGCGGCAAAGAGAGAUGUGGUGUUUCUUGUCGAUGGCUCAAAAGGAGCAGCCCCUGAGUUCAACAAUGUGAAAGGGCUUAUUGAACGUCUUGUAGCCACAAUGGAUGUCAGCCCAGACACCACCCGUGUAUCGGUAGUCCAAUACAGUGAUGAUCCCAGGGUGGAAUUUUUGUUAAAUGCACACUCUACCAAAGAUGAGGUUCAAAGUGCAGUGAGGAGAAUGCGACCAACGGGUGGAUCAUCAGUAAACACUGGAAGUGCCCUGGAGUAUGUAUCUAAAAACAUAUUUACAAGGCCAUCUGGAAGUCGUAUAGAAGAACAAGUCCCACAAUUUCUUAUUGUAACCUCUUCUGGACCUUCAUCUGAUGAUGUUGAUGAGGGAGCAAGAACAAUUAAAGAAUCUUCUGUGGUUCCUUUCUUAAUUGGAAAGAAUGUUGACAAUGAGGAAGCCAUCAAAAUAACUUUUGGUCAAAAUUUUAUACACUCUGUUUCUAGUUUCCAAGAACUUCCAUCAUUGGAGCAAAGACUAAUUUCCACUGUCACUAACCUUAAUCAAGAAAAAAUAACUGAGCUUAUUUUAAGACAACCAGGAUUUCCUUCAGAGCCUGAUCCUGAUAGACGGGAUGUUGUCUUCUUGGUAGAUGGUUCCACAAGAACUGGUCCUGAUGGAAUUGCCAACAUUCGGGAUUUAAUCUUGAAAGUAGUACAAAACUUUGACAUUGGGCCUAACAAAGCUAGGGUAGGCUUGGUUCAGUUCAGUAACAAUCCAACCACCGAGUUCCUUCUAAAGGCCAACAUGAACAAGCCUGCUUUGAUUCAAAGCAUUCGCCGUCUGCGACACAGAGGAGGGGAACCACUGAACACUGGGAAAGCCCUAGAUUUUGCGGCAAAGAAUCAUUUUAUACCAUCGGCUGGGAGCAGGAUAGAAGAAGGCGUACCACAAUUUCUGGUUCUUCUUACUGGUGGAAAGUCUGAAGAUGAUGUUGCUGGGGCAGCCAGAAUACUUGGUGCUAAUAGGAUCAGAUCUCUUGCUGUAGCCAGUGGCAGUGCUGACAGGAAUGAAGUGGCACGUAUUGUAUCAGACCCACGUUAUCUCUUCACUGUGAGGGAAUUUAAGGACUUACCAAAUAUUGAAAGCACUUUAGUCAGGUCUUUUAUAAGUCCUGUUGAUCCAACUUUGUCACCACCAGUACCAGAACAACCAGGCACUGGCAAGAAAGAAGCCGACAUUGUUUUCCUCGUGGAUGGCUCCAUAAACUUGGGACGGGACAACUUUAAAGAGGUUCUUCAGUUUGUGUCAGGCAUAGUUGAUGCCCUUGUGGAGGAUGAGGAAGCUAUCAAAAUUGGACUGGCGCAGUACAACUCAGAUGUGACAGAUGAGUUUUUCCUCAAAGAUUACGCAAACAGGGACCAAAUCAUGGAUGCUGUAACAAAAGCUGAAUAUAAAGGAGGCCGCCUGGCCAAUCUGGGCACAGCUAUUCGCCACUUGCAGGAUAAGCACUUUGUAAAACCAGCAGGCAGUAGAAUUGACAGUGGUGUUCCACAAAUUGCCUUUAUUAUCACUGGGGCAAAGUCUGUAAGUGAUGGCCAAACUGCAGCACAAACUUUGACUAGUAAGGGAGUCAAAGUAUUUGCCAUUGGUGUGGGAAGUAUAGAUACUGAUGAAGUUUCCAAAAUAGCAAGUGAUGCACCAAGUGCUUUCAGAGUCCCUGUUGUCCAAGAGCUUUCAGAGCUGAAUGAACAGAUUCUAAUAACUCUUGAAACUGCUCUGCAAAAAAGGAGCGUUUGUCCUGGUGGGGCAGAAGCUGUUAAAGAGUGCAACCUGGAAGUGAUUUUAGGAUUUGAUGUGGAUAUCAGCGCUGGGCAAAAUAUCUUUAAUGCUUACAGAGGACUCGAACCCAAACUGAGACAGAUACUGGAACGCAUUUCCAACAUGCAAAAAAUAAGCUGCAGCGGUGACAAGAAGCCUACUGUGAAAGUUGCCGUUUUGUCUCAGGGAAGAACAGGUCCAGUUGAGGCAUUUGAUUUUUCAGAAUAUCGUCCUGAACUAGUUGAAAAAAUCAUCGCAAUGGGCACACGUGGGCCAUAUGUGCUGAAUGGGCGAACUCUACAAACAUAUCUAAACAAAUUCAAGACCUCUGGAGAAGACACCAGUAUUAAGGUGGUUAUCCACAUAACCGAUGGUGUUGACGCAAGCAUGUCUGAACUUCAGCAAGCAUCUGCAUCUCUACAGAUUGCAGGAGUGAAGGCUUUGCUUUUUGUGGGAAUGGAAAACGCCCCCAGAUUUGAUCAGAUAAUGCAGUUAGAAUUUGGCAGAGGAUUCACAUACAAUAACCCGCUGAGAUUAAACCGCGUGGAUCUAGAUUAUGAAAUCGUUGAGGAAUUGGAUAAUGUUGCAGAGAAAGGUUGCUGUGGAGUUCCUUGCAAGUGUUCUGGAGAGAGAGGUGAUGUUGGACCUCCAGGUAUCAGUGGACCAAAGGGUGCACCAGGCCUUAAAGGCCACCAAGGCUUCCCAGGAGAAGAAGGUGGAUCUGGAGAGCGUGGUCCUCCUGGUUCAAAUGGAACACAAGGUUUUCGAGGAUGUCCAGGUCAACGAGGGUUUAAGGGCUCUCGUGGAUUCUCUGGAGAUAAGGGUGAAGUAGGAGAAAUCGGCUUAGAUGGCAUUGAUGGGGAAGAAGGUAAAAGGGGUAUCCCUGGAUCUGCUGGAGAGAGAGGCAGUGCUGGACCUCGGGGUGAAAAAGGUCUAAAAGGUCAGAGAGGAGAAAGGGGAGAUCAAGGACUUCGAGGUGAUCCGGGCGAGUCCGGAACAGAUUCCACUCAGAGAGGACCAAGAGGUCCAAAGGGAGAGGCAGGAAGUGUGGGAGAGCCUGGAAGUGAUGGCAUCCCAGGAAUAGCUGGUGGUCCAGGAAAAGCUGGGGCUCAGGGUCGUAGAGGACCUCCUGGACUUAAGGGUAACAGAGGAGGUGCUGGUGCUGCAGGUGGAGUUGGAGAACAAGGUCUGAGGGGUCCACAGGGUUCUCAAGGACAGACUGGUGCCCCGGGCACAGCUGGCGAGCAAGGUCUCCCCGGACCCCGAGGAGCAGGAGGUACUGCUGGAUCCAUUGGUGAUCGAGGAAGACCUGGACAGCUUGGUCGCAAGGGUGAACCAGGAGAUAUUGGAGUCAAAGGAUCUGAAGGACCAGUUGGACCACGUGGAGAGACAGGAGAUGAUGGACGAGAUGGGGUUGGAAAACCAGGACUCAAGGGCAGAAAGGGAGAAACUGGAUUUCCUGGAUAUCCAGGAGUAAAGGGAGAUCCUGGAGAUAGAGGAGAAAAUGGAGAUCUUGGACCUAAAGGAGGCAGGGGCCGCAGGGGCAAUGCUGGUAAUUCUGGUACAUUGGGUGCUCCAGGAGAUCCAGGAUAUCCAGGACCAGCUGGUCUGAAGGGAGAGAGGGGAGGCACAAGAGAUCAUUGUUCUCUUGUAAAACACAUCAAGAACACUUGUCCAUGUUGCUAUGGUCCAGCAGAAUGUCCUGUGUACCCCACUGACUUGGUUUUUGCCAUUGACACCUCUGCUGACGUGAACCGCAACCAGUUCAACAACAUGAAGGAUGCCGUUUUGAGAAUGGUUAACCAGCUCACAAUUACAGACAGCAAUUGUCCAAGAGGGGCUCGUGUGGCUCUGCUCACCUACAAUAGUGAGGUCACCACAGAGGUCCGCUUCUCUGAAGGCCUGAGGAAACCAGCUCUGCUUAAAUUGAUUGGAGACUUGCAGCUGAAAACUAAUUCCAAACAGAGAAGCCUGGACACGGUUAUGUCCUUUGUGGCACGAAACACAUUUAAGAGGGCACGUGGAGGGUUCCUGGCAAGAAAAGUGGCUGUUUUCUUCAGUAAUGCCCCAACUAGAACCUCAGUGCAGCUUAAUGAAGCUGUGCUUAAGUUAUAUGAUGCCAAUGUGGCCUCUGUUUUCCUUACAAAUCGAGAUGACAGGGUGCUGGGAAAUGCUUUGAAGGUCAAUAACACAGAGGUGGGUCAGGCUUUUGUACUUGGCACCGGUGCUCAAGUUAAUGAUACCAUACGCCGAUUGUUCUCCUGCCAUGUGUGUCUGGAUAUUUGUGAUCCACCUAGUGAAUGUGGAGUCUUUGUUCCUAGAGGAGACGUUCGUUUACGACGCUCAGCUGCUACUGAUGUAGACAUUGACCUAGCCUUCCUACUAGACAGUUCAGACUCUACAAAUCCAGCCCAGUUUGGAGAGAUUAAGAGAUUCAUAUCACAUGUAAUAGGGCAACUGGAAAUUAGCUCAGAACCUAAAUCUUCUUCCCAUCAUGGCCGCAUAGCUGUUCUCCAACAUGCCCCCUAUGAGCAUCAAACCAAUGCCAGUUUCCCACCUGUGAGAGUGGAUGUUGGACUGACUGAUUACACAGAGAAAGAGAAACUUCAGGCAUUCAUCCAGACGAAAAUGACACAAUUAUUUGGAACACGGGCUCUGAGCAAUGCUAUCAAGUACGUUGUGGAGCAUGUGUUUGAGAGUGCACCCAACCCCAGGACCAUGAAAGUAAUCUUCCUCAUCCUGACUGGAGAAGUAAAGUCUUAUGAGCUUCAGCAGCUUCGUAAAGCCAUAAAUGAGGCCAAAUGCAAGGGUUACUUCUUUGUCAUCCUAAGCAUAGGGAAGAAAGUGAACUAUGGACAGCUAAAUUCAUUGGCUAGUGAACCUCAGGAUGUUUUCUCGAAGAAGGCCAACAAGGCAUCAGAGCUUCAUGAAGACACUUUGAUGCGAUUCGGGUUGCAACUACCAGGAUUCAUCAGCAGUGAAAAUGCAUUCCAUCUCUCUCCUGAAAUACAGAGGGAUUGUGAGUGGUUCCAGAAUGAUCGCCCUGCUAGCACUUCACAGGAUGUGACUACUGCUGAUGGGUCACAGAAUGUAAUAGUACCUGAAGAGCUGUUAACCAGUAGAAAGCCUGAUGUCGCGACAGUACGUGCAAGCACUGAGACACCUACAGAUCGUACAGUGACUACACAAAUGGCAGCCCUCCCAAGGACUGAGCUGUUGGCGUCUGAUGUAACAGACAGCAGUGUGUAUCUGAGCUGGACCAGCACUGACCCCCAGAUGCCUCAAGUCUAUGAGCUGAGUAUCACCUCUCUAGAUGACAACACUCUAGUCCUUAAACAGAAUGUCACUGGUACUGAGAGACUAAUUGGAGGCCUCAAGAGUGGACAGCAUUAUCAAGUCACCGUUACAGGGCAACACAAGAACCUCGGUCUGAUCACCUACCAAGUAACAUUUACUACUAGUAAUUCUCAGCCCCAGAUAGAGGUUGUAGCAAAUGAAGAAAUGCCAAUGAGCACAGAACCCCUGGAUACCCCUGAAAUAGAUCCAUGUGAGCUAGAUCUGGAUAUGGGCACCCAGUGCAAGCAGAAUGAGGUUAAGUGGUUCUUUGACAAGACAAACAAGAUUUGCAACCAGGUUUGGUAUGGUGGGUGUGGUGGCAAUGCCAAUAGAUUUGACACUGAAGCUGAAUGCAUCAAUAGGUGUCAAAAGACAUCUGUUGAGAAAACCAUGCAACUUCCAACGCUGGAAACUAAAGCACUUGCAGUGGGACCUGAGGCUUGUAAACUGCCGAAGGAAAAGGGAACUUGUCAACAGUAUGUACUGAAUUGGCACUACGACUCGGAAACCAAGAGCUGUGCACGUUUCUGGUACGGAGGCUGUGGAGGAAAUGAGAACAGGUUCAAAACACAGAAAGAAUGUGAAAAGAUUUGUAUUUCAGCCUCCCUGAAUCCCGCUGUAGUCUCUGCAAUUGGAACAUAAAGGUCCUGGAGUCGUACCUCUCCAGAGGAGACAGCCCAGGAUGCACUGCCCCUCUUCUCACCCUAUGCCCCUUACCAGCUCACCCUCUCAUAGGGUGAGGGAGGUUUUAGAAGUUUUAUCAAAAUGGUGCUAAUUCAUCUGUGGACACGGAGAAGACUGUGCUGGGAGUAUUAACCCUUUCAGUGCUUUAGCUAGCUAGCAUCGCAAGCCUCUCCAUCAUGUCAUGUGGAGCAGUGGAGCUGUGCUGGUAUCUGAGGCACUGAAAGGGUUCGCUGGUACUCUGGUCUUCCGUCAGACAGCAGUCUUGUCAGGUUUUUUAUGUCAAAGCCCCAAAAGUAGAGUCUAACCCAAAGAUAUCCUGCCCUUCUAUAUAACACCUGCUUCUUCCAACUACCUCCCUUCUAGUCUCUCCACUAUCCCUUAAACUUGCAACCCAAUUUCCACCAUAUAUUUUACUUUCAAACCAAGUGCCUUCUUUUAAUGAACUGUGAGUCCUUGUUGCCAUUACAAGAAGAAGUAUCGUUGGUAAUGUAAGCAAUUAAAGUCGCAAGUUCCUAUCUUUAUAGCACGGCACUGGCAACUAUUUGGCACCAUAAUUCCAGGACUGCAUGUCCCUUUGAAAGUGCCGGGUGUUACCCCUCUCUACGUCAGCGUGGGCUUAUAAAUAUUGCAGAGCAGUACUCUAUAGGUCCUUCUGGCCUCAUAGGGAAUAAAAGCUUUAGGUUUUACCACUUGAGAUAUACAUAAUGUAGCUGCAGUCAUUGCAGACUAUGCAAAGGUAUACAUUUAUUUUGGGUGGAUCUAUUUUUGUUAUUUGUAAUUUUACACUUUGGGGUAGGGAAAUAAUUUGCUAUAAAUUUUGAAAUUGAGAUUAUUCUUGUCUGUUUUUAUUAUUUUUUUAAAGAAGGGAGAUACAAAGACUGAAUAAAGAAUGAAGAGGUGUUUAA